GGUUCAUACUGCAGUACUGUCAUACGGUAGGUACCUUACCUACGGCACAGUGGUCCAAACCCAGGCGUCAUUAUCUGUGGCCCGCGUCGCCUUUGCUGAAGGGUAGACUAAUCGAAAAAUCGCAUUCAGUGUUGUUUCGAGGGAAAUUUUGCUUUGAGAACCUCUUGUUCGAGAACACUUACAUUUGCGGGAGCACUUUCUCUGUUACUGCUUUAUGAAGAGUUUGAAAUCUUAAAUUAAAAGUAGAUAUAGCUAAACUUUUGCAUGUUUCAGUGAUUUUUCUGGCGUAUUUUGUAUGAUUUAGCUUGAUAAAUGAAAAACAAGGAUCAAUCGUUUGCACAAUAAAAGCAUUUGUUGUUUACAUAUUUUUAACGCUAUUGUGUACCGCGAACAAUGCAAAAAUAUUUUUGUGGUCCGGGAAGGCGACAACCUUGGACCACCCUGACCUACUGUAUGACUGCGCCGUCAUGAUAUUACAUUAUUCAGGUAAUAACGUACCGGUAGGUGCGGUACCUACUGUACAGUACGGUACCUAUCUUUUAAAGUUUGCUGUAGAAAUAGGAUAAUAUUGUAAUACUUUCACUGUAUCACGCAAAUUGGCAAUAUCCUGCUAUCAUUCAAAUGUUCUCAGCAUUGUAGUUCAGAUUUCAGGAGUUUUUUACUGAAUUAAGUAAUGACUUCAAUAAAAUCACUUGGCAGUAGAAAAGGAAUACAUCUUGACCAAGCAGAAUUGCUUUGUAGAAAUGGAUGUGGAUUCUAUGGAAAUUAUGCAUGGAAGGGAUAUUGUUCCAAGUGUUGGAGGGAACAUUAUCAAUCACAAAAACAGUUACAAAUUGAUCAAGAUCAUGAAUUAGCAAAAAAACUUCAAGAGCAGGAAAAUAAAGCUGUGACUUCCCCCAUUGCUAACAGUCCUGCUCAGAUAUCACACACACCUACCACCCCACCAACUUCUACUGCACAGAGUGAAAGCACUUUUGCUAGCAGCACCUUCUCCAAAUUUGAGGAUAAGAAAAAUCGUACAAGACAGAGCUUGAAAAAACUUUUCACCCCGAGUCCGAAUCAUGAAGAUAACAGUCCAACAAAUGCAGUGUCUCCUAGAAAUAAUUCGGCACAAAAACAAUCCCUGUCUCGUGCCGCAACAUUUCUAACACCAAUCUCACGGAAAUCACCUGAUAGCAGUCGAAAAGUUUUGCGGAGGCAAGAUAGAACAAGUAUGGGAUGGCUGUCUUCUGCAACUCAUGAAAGACAACAGAGCUAUGAAAGUAAGCAAGCAUCACACGAUUUUAUGGAAUUUAUAAAAGCAUUCAAUGAACCAGCUGCCAAAGAUGUCAUGAAACAAUGUAGAUCAUUCAUGGAAAAACUCGUAGUAAACAGAGAAAUGUCGGUUGAAGAGCAGUCAGAACUUGUACAGGAUUUUUAUCAGUCGAUGGCAGAUAGGCUUACGACUCAUCCUGUGUUUAGUAGUUAUUCAUCGGAAAAAGACCAGGAGGGAAUUAUGGAUAAUGUGGAAAAAUUUUUAAUGACAAGAUUGUACAGAAGUAUAUUUUGUAGCGAUCACACAGACGAUGAAAGUCAAGAUUUGGCAGUACAGAAAAAGAUUCGAAGUUUGCAUUGGAUUACAACAGAAAUGUUAGAUGCUCAACUGAAUGAGGAAAGGGUAGAUGCUGCUGCUGCUAUUGAUAAAGCUAUAACUGCUAUCAUUGAAAUGGAUUCAAAAAGAGCACCUCAAGACAAACUGUCGUGCAUAACAAGAUGUAGUAAACAUAUAUUCGAAUCUCUACAAUUAUCGAAGGAUGAUGGAAAUCCUGCAAGUGCUGAUGAAUACUUACCAGCAUUGAUAUAUAUUGUAUUGAAAGCAAAUCCACCUUUAUUGAAAUCCAAUAUCAGUUAUAUAACAAGAUUCUCUAAUCCAAGCAGAUUGAUGGCAGGAGAAGACGCAUACUUUUUUACAAACCUUUGUUGUGCCGUUCAAUUUAUUGACAGUGGUUUGAAUGCUACUAGUUUGCAACUAUCUGAAGAAGAAUUUGAGGAUUACAUGAGGGGGAAGUUACCUCCCAAAAAAGUAGCGGAGAAGCAAACUGUAGCAUCUACGGAGAAUAUGUGCUAUGGUCUACAAUUGAUGUACCAGAAUUUAAAUACUCUUGCUGUUCUUCAACAAAGGGUUGACAACGUAUUUGCGGAUGCAUCAGAACUACAGAAAGAUAUGGAUGUUCAUUCAGCUUUUAUUAAAGACUCUGUCAAACAGGAACUUGAUAAAAAUCGGCCAACAGCAGAAGUUGAAAGCGAAUCAGCUUCAACAGAAAUGCCGGAUGAAUUACUGGGAUUGAUUCAGGUGAAACCUUCUGUCUCUGCCAGGCUCUCAGCACUGGAUAUGGACCUGCCUACUGAUAGCAACUUACCUCCGCCUUUGCAACCUACAACCUUCUGAGACCUAUUGGACAUGUAUUUGUGUGUUAUUUCUUCCUGCACUUCAACAGUGUUACAACCUAGAUGGGAGUGAGGGUGCUGGUAUAGCGUUUUGCACAUGUUGGCGCAAACAUGAAAUAUCGAGAAUACACAUUCUUUGGUACCCAACAACAAAGACCACUUUGUUGAGUUGGUGGAAUCAGUUUCAGAAUAUUUCGAUUUAUAUGAUUAAUUUGUGUAUGAUCAAUUUGCUUUUUUUGGCGAGUCUUCUCCUGAAAUAUUUUAGAUUGUUCAUGCUGAUUAUAGUUAUUAUUGUAUUACGCCAGUUCAUGCUUGACUCUACCCUUGAUGUUUAUUGGCAUUCUAAUAUUGUAUAUCAAUUCAGAAUGCCAAAUUCAAAAUCUGAAUAUCAAUUCUAAUACAGUCCUGCUUUAUUUUAUUCUCUUUAUAUAUCUUCAAAUUGUAUUUUUUCUAUGCAGUCAACCUAUUGUUUCAAGUGUACAUAAUAUUAUAGAUAGACUGUAUGUACCGUGUUUUCCCGAAAAUAAGACCUACCCUGAAAAUAAGACCUAGUCAAUAGCACAAAUUUUUUUUGGAUAUAGUCGAUGGCAGGAAAUCUCCACUACACGUUUUCAAUGAUUAAUCUAAUGUUUUGCAGUUAUUUUUAAUAAAAACAUGGUAUUUAUAUGUAAAUGGAUAUCGGUUUUCUUAAUUUGUAUAUUUGAAAAUCUCGUAAUUGUCUACUUUGUAAUUUUGAUUUUGAUAAAUGAGAAUAAAAGACAUCCCCUGAAAUUAAGCCCUACUGGUAUUUUUUGGAAGAAAAUUGCAAUAAGACCCAGUCUUAUUUUCGGGGAAACACUGUACAUGUAUAUCAUUUCUGUUGGUAAUCUAGUACAAUUCUUUAAAAUAUACUGCUUAAUAUCUAAGAUAUA